UCGCUCCUGUCAUCGCAGCCCCUGGCCCAAUGGCAGCGUGAGCCCCCCGCCUCCGGCCUGGUCCCGCCUCUCCUGCCCCCCAGCUCGGCACUACCUGGCCCGGGUCGCAGCCCCAGCAGCCAGGCGGAGCGCGGGCAGACGCGGCGGGCACCAUGCAGCCAGGCGGCCGCGGGCCGGGGGCAGCGCCUCUCUCCGCCGCCCCCUGGGCGCUGUAGCCCGGCUGCCACCAUGUUCCCCAGCCCCGCGCUCACGCCCACGCCCUUCUCGGUCAAAGACAUCCUGAACCUGGAGCAGCAGCAGCGCAGCCUGGCCUCCGGGGAACUGUCGGCGCGCCUGGAGGCCCCCCUGCCGCCCGCCUCCUGCAUGCUGGCCGCCUUCAAGCCCGAGGCCUACGCGGGGGCCGAGGCGGCGGCGCCCGGCCUCCCGGAGCUGCGCGCGGAGCUGGGCCCCGCACCCUCGCCCUCCAAGUGCUCGCCCCCCUUCCCUGCCGCCCCCGCCUUCUACCCGCGCGCCUACGGAGACCCCGACCCGGCCAAGGACCCCCGGCUGGAGAAGAAAGAGCUGUGCGCGCUGCAGAAGGCGGCGGAGCUGGAGAAGCCGGAGGCGGACGGCGCGGAGCGGCCCCGGGCCCGGCGGCGGCGGAAGCCCCGGGUGCUCUUCUCGCAGGCGCAGGUCUACGAGCUGGAGCGGCGCUUCAAGCAGCAGCGCUACCUGUCGGCGCCCGAGCGCGACCAGCUGGCCAGCGUGCUCAAGCUCACGUCCACGCAGGUGAAGAUCUGGUUCCAGAACCGGCGCUACAAGUGCAAGCGGCAGCGGCAGGACCAGACUCUGGAGCUGGUGGGGCUGCCCCCGCCGCCGCCGCCGCCCCCGGCGCGCAGGAUCGCGGUGCCCGUGCUGGUGCGCGACGGCAAGCCCUGCCUGGGGGACUCGGCGGCCUACGGCGCGGCCGGCUUCGGCGUGGGCCUCAACGCCUACGGCUACAACGCCUACCCCGCCUACCCGGGCUACGGGGGCGCGGCCUGCAGCCCCGGCUACAGCUGCGCCGCCGCCUUCCCCGCCGCGCCGCCCCCCGCGCAGCCCGCCGCCCCCGCCUCCAACGGCUUCGUCAACUUCGGCGGCGUCGGGGACUUGAACGCGGUGCAGAGCCCCGGGGUCCCGCAGAGCAGCCCGGGCGUGUCGGCGCUGCACGGCAUCCGCGCCUGGUAGGGUCCCCCCCCCGCGCGGGACUUCGGGGCCCACCGUGCGCCCCCCUCCCCUACCCCCCCCACGGUGCCCACCAGUACCUCCCGAGGGCCGCCGGGGGCUGAGACCCGGACGCCCUCCCCGAGCCUGGGCCCGGCGCCCUGGCCCCUCGCCGCCGCCCGCCCGUAUUUAUGUUUUUACCUGUGCUGUAAGAGACGAGACCCCCUCCGAUU